AUGCCGACACGGGGCCGGAUCGCGGCCGGAUCGCGGGGCCGUGAUCCGACGCCUCUCCGGCGGGUUGAACAGGUGAGCACAAAUGACAUUUUCAAAGCCAUUAAAUACGCAAUCCAGCUGAAAAAACUCUUUUCCUACAUGGAGGAACCAGGACACGACCAAAUGCCCACCCUCGGCACUCUCCAAACAGAGGCCAUCGGCCACCUGGCUCAAGACAUGGACACCCUGAGCACCCUCGGCCUCUGCCAGGCCUUUCACCGCGAAGAAAGCCAGGUGCCGUCCGCGAUCGCGCCAUGCCUGCCCACCAUUGCCCUGCUCAUCGACGCCAUGCUGCCGCGCCUGCGCGCCGGCGGCCGCCUGCUGUACGUCGGCGCGGGCAACAGCGGGCGCAUCGCGCACAUGGACUGCGCCGAGCUGCACGUCACCUUUUCCAUGUCGUCGGAGCAGUGUCAGGCGCUCGUCGCUGGCGGGCCGCGCGCUGUGCUCGCGGCGGUGGAAGGCGCCGAGGACAGCCGCGGCGACGGCGAGGCGCAGAUGAAGGCGCUGCGGCCAACGGCGCGGGACACCGUCAUCGGCGUGGCGGCGUCGGGGAGGACGCCGUUUGUGCUCGGCGCGCUGCAGAGCGCGCUGCGGGCGGGCGCGCUCACGGCCGCGGUCACGAGCGCGCGGCCGGCGGCCGUGGAGCGUCUCGGCGUCGGGUUCUGCAUCGCGGCGCUCGCGGGACCAGAGUUUGUGGCGGGCAGCACGCGCCUAAAGGCGGGCAGCUGCGCGAAGCAGAUCCUCAACAUGGUGAGCACGUGCGCCAUGGUUCGGCUGGGCAAGACGUACCGCGGGCUCAUGGUGGACGUGCGCGUGCACAAUGAGAAGCUGCGUGUGCGAGGGAGGAGGAUCGUGCGCCAGGUUUGCCAGGGAAAGGAUCUGCACCAGACCACGGCGGCGCUGCUCGACCUUGGUCCUCAAGUCGAGCUGGAUGAUGUUGCUGAUGCCCUCAUUGUCCGUUGCGGAGGCAGUGUCAAGCUUGCCUGUGCCGUGGGCUUAUCUGGCCUGGACCUGCCCGACGCAGAACGCAGGCUUCAGGAUGCGCAUGACUGCCUACCUGAUUUCGUCUUGCUGCUGGAAAACGGUCCUCAGAUGGCAGAACGUGGGCAUCAGGAGAAGCAGCCACCUCUGUUCCUCGCCAUCGACGGCGGCGGCACGAAAUGCGCAGUGUCCAUCGCCACGGCGCACGGCGUCGUCGUCGCCCGCGCCACCACCGGGCCGUGCAACCCGCUCUCGGCAUCCUUCCUGGACGUCGUGGCGCAGAUCCAGACCGCCGUGUCCCAAGCCGUCGCCGCGCUCCCCACCGCCAGCAUGCCCACCUUUAGCCGCGUUUGGGCCGGCCUCGCCGGCUUCCACCACAUGCGGGAGCAGGCGGCCGCCCUUUCCCAGGCGCUGGAGCGACUAUUUGGUGGCGUGGGAUGCCGCGUGCGGCUGUCGUGCGACACGUCCCUGCUGUCCUGCUGCCUGGACGAAGACGCGGAGACGGAAGCGGGCAUCGCGCUGGUCGCCGGAACGGGCUCCGUCGCCGUCGCGUUCCGCCGGACGGCGUCGGGCGAGGUCGUGCAGGCGGGGAGGACGGGGGGCUGGGGACACUUGGUGGGGGACCAGGGCAGCGCCUUUGCCAUUGGAAGGCGGGCGCUGCAGGCCAUCCUGAGCCGGCGGGAGCGGCACAUCGGCCGCGACGCCGGGGCGGACGCGGAAACGACGCUCGAGGCGGAUGUGCUGCGCCAUCUCCGCUGCGAGGAUGCGGCGGACCUGUUGUCGACCGUUCUCUCGCCGGCGGGAGGGUCUGUUCCGAGACUGGUGAUGGGAAGCGUGGCGCGCGUCGUCACGCAGGCCGCGUUCCGAUCCGAGGAGGCGAGCGUGGAGGCCUUGGGGAUUCUGGACGAGGCGGCCGAGCACCUCGUCGCGCUCGUGGAGCCGCUGGUGCGUCCCGGGCUCGCAGAGCCCGGCAAGACCGUCUUGAUUCUGUCCGGUGCACUGAUGGGCGUGGACGGGUAUCGAGACAUGGUGCUACAGAAGUGCCGUGAAAGGGGCUUCCAGUUUCGAAAGAUCAAGGUCAUCACAGACGCUUCAGGGAAUGCAGCCAGUCAUCUUUCAAAAUUGCCGAGAGAAGAACAAUGCACAAAUGGGAGCACUUUUCUAUAG